GGUGCCCUUGACAGAGCUGCAACUCAAAAAUCAAUGGCAUUUACACUGGUCCUGCACCACCUUUCAUCUUUCGUAUUCCUCUUGCAUGCCAGUGGUAAGUUAUUACUACAGAAUAAGCUUGUAAAGUCUCUUCUGCGAGACUACUCCCGACAGAGGCAAGAUGAGAGGAUGAUGUUUGAUCUUAUCCGAUAUAACAAACCAUCGCAAAUGCAUGAUCAAGAAGGAGAUUCAUCGCUGGAUCAGAGCAAUAUAGAUAAAAGAUUUGAGAUACUAACUGAAGUUCAUUGUGACAGAUUAAAUUGUAUAUAAAAGUCCAGAGAAAGAAGAAAAUGGAUUACUUAUUGUGGGGUAGGGUUUCUGCAAACUGUUCAACCAACCCCCUCUGCCCCUCAUGUUUUGCACCAUAAACAAGUUAAAUUGUUGUGAGGAAAAAAGAUGUAAAUUC